CAACUUCCUUUAUAUAUACAAACACUUCUCCCAUCCCAUGCCAUUAUAACACUGCUUGUAACAUCAUCUAUCUCUUAUCUCUACUUCUCUUUGAUUGUUUUUUAUCUACCAACAAUAAUGUCGUGCAACGCUGCCGAGCUACUUCCUCUCCUAGGCGGCACGGCUAAUGCUAGCGCCGCUGCUUCGUACCUAUGUGACCGUUUUACAACGGUGACAUACGCCGUGGACAACACGUACUUGUUGUUCUCGGCGUACUUGGUGUUUGCCAUGCAACUUGGGUUCGCGAUGUUGUGUGCUGGCUCGGUUCGGGCUAAGAAUACGAUGAAUAUCAUGCUUACGAAUGUUCUAGAUGCGGCUGCUGGCUCGCUUUCGUAUUACUUAUUUGGAUUUGCUCUUGCUUUUGGUGCCCCUUCUAAUGGUUUUGUUGGGCGUCAUUUCUUUGGUCUUAAGAACAUUCCUGAGUCUACUGACUCGGGAACGUUUGACUAUAGUUUUUUCUUGUAUCAAUGGGCCUUUGCAAUCGCGGCCGCUGGGAUUACCAGCGGCUCGAUUGCAGAGAGGACCCAGUUUGUGGCGUAUCUUAUAUACUCCACUUUUUUGACUGGGUUUGUAUACCCAAUUGUUUCUCAUUGGUUUUGGUCAGUAGAUGGAUGGGCUAGCCCAACCAAUACUGACAAUUUAUUGUUCGGGUCGGGUGUAAUUGAUUUUGCUGGGUCUGGUGUGGUCCAUAUGGUUGGUGGGGUAGCGGGACUAUGGGGAGCUUUUAUUGAGGGCCCGAGGAUCGGUCGUUUUGACCGGUCGGGUCGCUCCGUUGUUCUAAGGGGCCAUAGUGCUUCUUUGGUAGUACUAGGGACAUUCUUGCUUUGGUUUGGAUGGUAUGGGUUUAACCCGGGUUCAUUUUUGACUAUUCUAAAGGCGUAUGGGUCUCCAGGAGGUUAUUAUGGUCAAUGGAGUGGGGUUGGGAGGACAGCUGUCACCACAACAUUGGCGGGAUCGACCGCAGCGUUGACUACCUUAUUUGGUAAGAGGUUGUUGGCUGGGCAUUGGAAUGUGAUAGAUGUGUGCAAUGGGCUAUUGGGUGGGUUUGCAGCAAUUACUGCUGGAUGUUCUGUUGUUGAGCCUUGGGCUGCUAUUGUUUGUGGGUUUGUGGCUGCUUGGGUUUUAAUUGGGCUAAACAAGUUAGCUGAAAAGGUCAAGUAUGAUGACCCACUUGAGGCAGCCCAAUUGCAUGCCGGUUGUGGCGCGUGGGGCCUACUCUUUACCGGUCUAUUCGCUAGUAAACACUAUGUCGGGGAGGUGUACGGGUUGGAUCGGCCUUACGGAUUAUUUAUGGGUGGUGGGGGAAGACUACUCGCGGCCCAAGUGAUCCAAAUCCUUGUUGUGUUCGGGUGGGUUACCGCCACAAUGGCUCCACUUUUCUUAAUCCUUAAGAAGCUCAAAUUGUUACGGAUCUCAAGUGAAGAUGAAACCGCGGGUAUGGAUAUGACCCGACAUGGCGGGUUUGCCUACGCGUACCAUGACGAAGAUGACCCGUCACAAAGACCCUCCUUCAUGAUGAGGAAAAUAGAGCCAACUAGCACUACUCCUAGUCCUCAAAAUGGUGGAAGAAAUGUAUGAUCUUGUGCAAACUAAGCAUGACUAAAGAAAUUCACCAUUUAUAGGUUGAGUUCAACUUUUAAGGGUAGUUUUUUAUACGUAAGUUGAAAUGUUUUUGCCCAUAUUUUUGCUUUCGUAUGAUUUCUAACGUUAUUGCUCGUGUAGUCGUGUAUAAGUGUGUACAUUAAUUAUUUAGUUGGUAAAAUUGCAUAUUUUUCCACCCUUUUAAGCAUGAUUUGAUUUUUGUUAUUGUGAA